AUGGCCACCCUCUCACGCGCCGCUGCAGCUGCUGUGAAGGGCCCCGGCAGCGUCGUCCUCGCCCUGGACACCAACGCCAACACCAACACCAACCCUCACCAGCGCGCCCUGGCCCUGCUGCAGCCGCUGCAGCCCAUCCUCGCGGGGCUCAACCACCGCAACCACAACCAGUUCCGCGGCGCGCAAUGGUGGGGCAGCUUCGGCAUACUGCGGCGGCAGCUGGGCAAGCUGGUCGCCGAGCUGCAGGAGGCGGCGCGGACCUCGCGGUCGAGGUCAAAGUCAAAGCCCGCCUCGUCCAAGGCGAAGCGCAAGCGGUCCAACGGCCUUGAGGAGGACGAUGCCGCCGCAACCGCUGCCGACGACGGGCCGGCCGAGGUCCGCGCGCGGUGGACGAGGGAUCAGCUGGUCCCGGGAUGCUAUAU